CAAACCUGGUGCUACACUUACUCCAAACUGCAAGCAGCACAUUCGGAAUGCACCUCUGAGUGUGACGAUUGUUUGUUCUUCUGAGGUAGCAUCAUCUACCGGUAGCUGCUGGUAGUGGUGAUAAAAAUACCUUUCCUUGCUUAUCAGAAUCUAACAAAAGAAGCCAGACCUCUGAAAAUCCUAGUGCACUGAUCCACAUCUUGAUCCAUUUCACCAAAGUUCUAAAAUUAUGGCUCUAUUGCUAGCACCUACAUGGCUAAUCAUUUACCUUGGGCUACUGAGAUCUAUCCAAGCUGGUGCUUAUUAUGGGAUCAAGCAGAUGCCUCCUCAACUGCCACAGUACCAACCCCUUGGGCAACAAGUACCUCACAUGCCAUUGGGUAAAGAUGGAGUGCCAAUGCAGCACAUGGGAAAGGAGGGGUCGCACCUAUCAUAUGGAAAAGAAUAUAUACCUCAGUAUAUAAAAGAAAUUCCACAGAUUCCCAUGCUUGGCAAGGAGAGGAUUUCAAAGAAACAGAAAGCAGAAUUGCCAUUGGCCAGUUUGAGAGGUGAGCAGGGUCCUCCUGGAGAGCCUGGACCAAGAGGCCCUCCAGGAGCUCCAGGGCUGCCAGGACAUGGAGUACCAGGAGCUAAAGGAAAACCAGGACCACAAGGAUACCCAGGAAUUGGAAAACCAGGCAUGCCUGGAAUGCCAGGAAAGCCAGGAGUAAUGGGAGCUCCAGGAUCAAGAGGUGAAAUGGGGCCAAAGGGGGAGAGUGGACCUAUGGGAAUUCCAGGACCCCAAGGACCACCAGGACCUCAAGGACUGCCUGGAAUAGGAAAACUAGGUGACAGAGGAUUACCGGGACAACCAGGAGCAAAGGGUGAGCCAGGAAUGAAAGGGCAACCUGGGGUACAAGGCCCCCAAGGCCCAAAAGGAGAUAAAGGUGUGGGGAUUCCAGGGUUACCAGGGCUAAAAGGGCCACCUGGUUUAUCAGGUCCCCCUGGUCCUGUUGGACUUCCUGGGAUAGGCAAACCAGGAAUGAUAGGGUUUCCAGGCCCUCAGGGAGCUUUAGGCAAGCCAGGAAUUCCAGGGGAACCAGGGCCACGGGGUUUAGUUGGGGUUCCUGGAAUUCAAGGUCCUCCUGGUCUUCCAGGUAUAGGGAAGCCAGGACAAGAUGGAAUCCCAGGGCAGUCAGGCAUGCCAGGUGGGAAAGGUGAACAAGGCUUGCCAGGUUUACCAGGACAACCUGGUACUCCUGGGAUUGGAAAGCCAGGUUUCCCUGGUCUUAAAGGUGAACGAGGCAUGGGUGGUGCUCCAGGCCCACUGGGACCUAAGGGUGAAAAAGGUCACGUGGGCCCACCUGGCAUGGCUGGGCCUCCAGGGGAACCAGGCCAACCAGGUCAGCCUGGAUUAAUGGGGCCCUCAGGUGUGAUGGGAUUCCCAGGUCCAAAAGGAGAAAUUGGAGCUGUAGGGCCUCCAGGACCUAUUGGUCCCAAAGGUGACCUUGGUUUGCAAGGUUUCCCAGGGAAACCUGGUUUCCCAGGAGAGGUGGGCCCAUCGGGUCUGAGAGGCUUGCCUGGUCCAAUUGGACCAAAAGGAGAAGCUGGUCACAAAGGUUUACCAGGUUUGCCUGGUGCUCAUGGGCUGAUGGGCCCCAAGGGAGAACCUGGAAAGCCAGGAACUCAAGGCCAUCAGGGCCCUACUGGAAUCCCAGGUAUUACAGGACCAAGUGGCCCAAUUGGACCUCCCGGACUACCUGGAGUUAAAGGUGAACGGGGUUUGCCAGGCCCACCAGGUUUUCCGGGAAUGGGAAAACCUGGUAUUGCAGGGAUGCCUGGACCACCAGGGAAACCUGGAUCACUUGGUGCUCCUGGUCAGCCAGGUCUCCAAGGACCUCCUGGCCCCCCUGGCCCCCCUGGCCCUCCAGUAAUAAUGCAACCUACACCACCAGCAAUGGGACAUUUGCCAGAGGUGGGGCCAGGUCUUGAUGGAAUAAAGACUCCAUAUAGUUAUAAGGGGAAGAAAAGCAAAAAUGGUGCUGCUGCUGCCGCCGCUGCUGCCACCGCCUAUGAAAUGCCAGCUUUCACAGCUGAGCUCACCACUCCUUUUCCACGGGUCAGGGUUCCUGUGAUGUUUGACAAGCUCCUUUAUAAUGGCAGGCAGAAUUAUAAUCCACAGACUGGUGUCUUUACCUGUGAAAUCCCUGGGAUCUACUACUUCGUUUACCACAUACACUGCAAAGGGGGAAAUGUUUGGGUGGCAUUAUUUAAAAACAAUGAGCCAUUGAUGUACACGUAUGAUGAAUACAAGAAAGGUUUCCUGGACCAAGCUUCCGGAAGUGCCGUUGUCCAGCUGAUGCAUGGUGACAGAGUUUAUAUCCAGAUGCCAUCUGAACAGGCUGCAGGACUUUAUGCUGGGCAAUACGUUCACUCAUCUUUUUCUGGAUAUUUAUUGUAUCCAAUGUAAACUGCACACUCAGAUGAAAUGAAAGGUCUUUUUUGUGUUUCCAAAUCUAUAUCAUUGAAAGGUGCAUUUAUUGAUCAUUUUUUGGACCAACAUGUACAAUAUUAAAAUAAAAUUACAAA